GCUGCAACUGCAUUAACACUUUGCUCACGAAUCUCCAACAUGUCCAAGGCCGGAGCAAAAGCCGCCGUUGCUCAAAGUCUCCGUCUUCUAGUCCCAGCCGGCAAGGCGGCGCCUUCACCACCAGUUGGUCCGGCGCUAGGUCAACGUGGUGUAAAAUCAAUGGAUUUUUGCAAAGCCUUCAACGACCGAACAAAAAAAUUGCUUCCGGGCAUUCCGAUUCCUACGAGUAUUACAAUUGAACCCAACCGAACAUUCACUUUCAUAACGAAAAACCCCCCGACAACAUGGCUACUGCUACAAGCGGCUGGUGUAGAAAAAGGAAGCUCAAGACCCGGGGACGUAAUUGUGGGUGAAGUUAGUUUAAAACAUAUUUACGAAAUUGCAAAGAUAAAAAGCAAGGAUCCAGCGUUUCGGGGGACGGGACUUAGAGAGGUUGCGUCCCGGGUGGUUGGGACAGCGAAAGGAAUCGGGCUUAAAGUUGUAUACUAGAAUGAAAGGGUUUAGUGACCGGUCGAAGCAUAUUUUGAUUCCGUUAAUGCUUGGUUCUUGUGUGUGUGCAUUGUUCGCAAAUGUCGUCAGGCUGCCGUCGAUUCGAUCUGGCAUGUUUUCUGAUUAUAUCGUGAAGGUUGGCGAAGGCUGGUAACAUCAGAUACAACCACUGGUCAGCCAGUCGGUUUAGAUAGGCGGGUACUGGCACAUAGUCAUCACAUAAUGCGGACAUGACCCAAAAGGCCUUGGCCAUCUUCAGUCUUGACAAUAAGAUAUAUCCAGAUCUAUUUGAGUAACGAUCGCG